AUGGAGGUUAAUGGUACAGGGAAGCAGAGAAGUCUCAUUAGACUGAGAUGUUCGGUUCAGAACUACGAUUGGGGUCGAAUCGGGCAAGAAUCGCGGGUGGCGAGAUUGUUUUCGUUGAACUCGGGGAUUGAGAUUGAUGAAGACAAGCCUUAUGCUGAGUUCUGGAUGGGUACUCACGGUUCUGGACCAUCGUUUGUGGUCCACAAAAGCGCCGACAAUGGAGUGUUGAAUGGUUCAAAGGGUGGGAAUGUUAGUUUGAAGUCUUGGAUUGAGAAGAACCCUCAUGUGCUUGGUGAUAAGGUUGUUGACAAGUGGGGCACUAAUCUUCCUUUCUUGUUCAAGGUUCUUUCAGUUGCAAAAGCAUUGUCAAUACAGGCUCAUCCAGGUAAAAAACUGGCUGAGAUUCUGCAUAAGAAGCAGCCAGAUGUCUAUAAGGAUGAUAAUCACAAACCAGAGAUGGCUUUGGCACUAACAGAGUUUGGGGCGUUAUGCGGGUUCAUCAGUCUUGAGGAGCUUAAGGGUGUUCUUCAAAAGGUUCCUGAGAUUAUAGAAGUGGUUGGCAGUGCAUAUGCAGACCAAUUGUUGCAUGACAAUGAGAAAGAUAUGGAGGAGAAAGCAAAGCAACAUCUGCAAUCAAUGUUCACUGAACUCAUGUCAGCUAGCAACGAUGUGAUUUCUGAAGCAUUAUCCAAGCUCAGAAGUCGUCUGAACAUGGAAACUAAGGUGAGGCAGCUGACAGACAAGGAACAGUUAGUCUUGCAUCUUGAAAAACAGUAUCCAGCUGAUGUUGGUGUCUUAGCAGCCUUUCUUUUUAAUUUUGUGAAACUUAAUCCUGGUGAAGCUCUGUAUCUUGGGGCAAAUGAACUUCAUGCAUAUCUAUAUGGCGAGUGUAUUGAAUGCAUGGCAACCUCAGACAAUGUUGUCCGCGCUGGGCUUACUCCAAAGAAUCGGGAUGUUCAAAUCCUCUGUUCUAUGCUAACGUACAAACAGGGGUUUCCAGAAAUACUUCAAGGUUUGCCUUUAAAUCCGUAUACCACAAGAUACCUCCCUCCUUUUGAUGAAUUUGAGGUUGACCGGUGCAUUCUUCCCCAAGGUGCAUCAGCUGUUUUUCCAGCAAUCCCUGGUCCGUCCAUAUUUGUGGUCACGGUGGGAGAGGGAACAAUGUGUACGGCGUCAUUCAAAGAUGAUGUUACUGAAGGUGAUGUACUAUUUGCACCUGCCUACUGUGAGAUUAUUGUAAAAUCGACAUCUGAGGUGCACUUGUAUAGAGCAGGAGUAAACAGCAGGCAUCCAUUUGCAUCAGUUCUCAAGGUGGCAGAUUCCUGGGCUCAACUUACCCUUCACCGCGGCUACUGGACGCAGACCAAUGGUGAAGGUGCCUCUUGA